AUGUAUGUGAAAUGGUUUGAUACAGGAAUGGAAUACUAUGUGAUUUUAGUGAAUUUAGUGAAUUUCUCUUUUUGUCAUUUUCAAAUUUUCCGUCGUUCUGUCCCCGUACGUCCCGACGUCGCAGGGGAUGGAACCCAGAUGACAGAUGCCGGCAUCCACCGGAUUACAUUGCUGGAGACACUGCAGGAGGGACAUCGCAGGAGCGCAGGACAAGGUAAGAGAAGAACAGAUCCUGGAGCAGUGCCGCAUGGUAAGCCCGAGUGGAGAUCGAGGAUACCGCUUGUGCUACAUUCGGGAAUACUGCCAGGGAGGCUA